CAGCUGAAAUGCACUUCCGGUGUUGUCACUGUCUACACUACCCCGUGCUUAUUUACUUUCUCUGCAGUGAUUAAAUAUGAUUGUAAGCGGAUUUUACAAAGCGUCAAACCUUCUGAAGUCCAGCGGGGAGGUUUGGAGGAUCUGGAUGAGGAAGAUGAGCGCCGAUUCUUCCUCUCUGACCGUGACAAAACAGCAGGAUGGAAUCAGGAGGAUUAUCCUGAACAACCCCAGGAAGAGGAACGCUCUGUCUCUGUCUAUGCUGGAGUCUCUGAGAGAAAACCUCCUGACAGACUCACACACACCAGACCUGCGCGUCAUCAUCAUAUCAGCGCGGGGUCCUGUGUUUUCCUCGGGUCAUGACCUUAAGGAGUUGACCUCUGCCCGGGGUCGCGAGCAUCACAUCAGGGUGUUCCAGACCUGCUCAGAGGUCAUGACCCUGAUUCAGGACCUCCCGGUGCCGGUCAUCGCUAUGGUGAACGGUGUUGCCACGGCGGCGGGUUGCCAGUUAGUGGCCAGCUGUGAUAUUGCUGUGGCCACAGAUAAAUCCACUUUCGCCACUCCUGGCGUCAGCGUCGGGCUGUUCUGCUCCACGCCGGCGGUGGCCAUCGGGCGAGCGCUGCCCAGAAAGGUGGUCAUGGAGAUGUUGCUGACGGGCCGCCCCAUCUCGGCUCAGGACGCUCUUCUUCACGGGCUGCUCAGUAAAGUGGUGUGUGAGGAGCAGUUGGAGGAGCAGACGCUGGCCAUCGCCAGGCGUGUGUGUGAGAGCAGCCGGCCCGUGGUGGCUCUCGGGAAGAGUGUGUUUCACAGACAGAUGUCCUUGGGCCGGGACGAGGCGUACGCUUGUGCGUCUGCUGCCAUGGUGGAGAACCUGGCGCUGUGGGACGGGCAGGAGGGCGUCAGGGCGUUCCUGGAGAAGCGCAGGCCUGUGUGGAGCAACACUGAUGAGGAAGCACACAUGUGACCCCACAAACACAACAAAACAAUCAAGACCUACUCACAAACUUUUUAAUUGAACGUUUAUUCGCACACAAGCUCUUGCUUCUUCAAAUGUAAUGUCUUAAUAAAGGGAAUAGUUCA